UUCUCUCAGUUCAGCCUCUGAUCACAUUCCAGCCUGCUCACACUCACACUCACACUCAGCAUCACAAUGCCCGCUGACUAUAACGGACGAUGGGAGAUGGUCAGCAAUGAGAACUUUGAGGAGGUUAUGAAGGCUCUGGACAUAGACUUUGCCACCCGUAAGAUUGCUGCUCACCUCUCACAGACCAAAGUGAUCAUACAGAAUGGAGAUAAAUUUGAGACCAAAACGCUCAGCACUUUCAGAAAUUAUGAGGUAAACUUUACUGUGGGGGAGGAGUUUGAAGAACACACCAAAGGGUUGGACAACAGAGUAGUCAAGACUCUGGUUCAGUGGGAUGGAGAGAAGUUGGUGUGUGUGCAGAAAGGCGAGAAGGAGAACCGAGGCUGGAGGCAAUGGAUUGAAGGAGACUUGCUGCAUUUGGAGAUCACCUGCCAGGACAAAGUCUGCCAUCAGGUGUUUAAGAAGAAGUAAACUUCUUAAAGACUUUUCUGUGUACCGUCAGGUUUUAUUUUGAAGGCCUGCAUCUGACUCAUUUGUACAUAUGUGCAUGCAGAUUUAAUAAAGAGCUGUAACAAAACCA